GGGGGGUUGGUGGUCUGCCCGGUCUGGGCCGCCGCCGCCGCCGCCGCCGCCUGCCAGAGCCGCCCUUUGCUGCCUGUUUCCCACUCCCUCCCCUCCGAAGGCACGGAGCUGCUACCUCCGCAUCAUCCCCUCUUUAGGGGAUCUUGGGCUUCGCCCUGCAGCCCCGGCCUGUGUAGAGGGAAGGGAGGAGGGACCGGCGGGCGGGAGGAACUCCUACCCGAGAAGAGCAUUUGUCACUUGCCUGAAAGAAGGACCAGAUACUUGUCAGAAGGAAUGUAAAAUCAGAUCAUGGCUACAUCCCUGCAAUACCCCAAAGUAUCUAGGCAGAUAGGAGUUCUUGCCUAAAGGAAGCCUCUAAUGAAAAGGCAGUACCUGGUAAAUCCCAUCAAUAGGCCUGGAGUCAGAAUCCUUCAGCUAAUACAAAUCUCUCUUCUGCUCUUUGGCUCUCCAUGCGAGCCAGAGACAAAUGGAUGCCAUCACAAGUGCCGGCCUCAAGAGGAAGUUUGACGAUGUGGACGUGGGCUCGCCCAUUUCCAAUUCCGACGAUGAGAUCUCCAACAGCGACAGCGCAGACAGCUGCGACAGCAUCAAUCCUCCAAGCUCCUCAGGCUUCAUUCCAACCUCCAUCUUAAAAAGGCAGAAACAGCUGCGUAGAAAGAACGUGCGCUUCGACCAGGUGACUGUGUACUACUUUGCAAGGCGUCAGGGAUUUACCAGCGUUCCUAGCCAAGGGGGCAGUUCCCUGGGCAUGGCCCAGCGGCAUAACUCUGUCCGCAGGUAUACCCUUGGUGAAUUUGCCCAAGAGCAGGAAGUGAAUCACCGUGAGAUCCUUCGAGAACACCUGAAGGAGGAGAAACUUCAUGCCAAGAAAAUGAAGCUGACCAAGAAUGGAACUGUGGAGUCCGAAGAGGCUGAUGGCUUGACGCUUGAAGAUGUCUCUGACGAUGACCUCGAUGUAGAGAACGUGGAGGUGGAUGACUACUUCUUCUUACAGCCGCUGCCUACCAAGCGGCGGCGAGCUCUACUUCGAGCCUCUGGUGUUCAUCGCAUCGAUGCAGAGGAGAAACAAGAACUUCGGGCCAUCCGCCUCUCACGAGAAGAAUGUGGGUGUGACUGCCGGCUGUACUGUGACCCUGAGGCUUGUGCCUGUAGCCAGGCUGGAAUUAAAUGCCAGGUAGACCGAAUGUCCUUCCCAUGCGGCUGUUCCAGAGAUGGUUGUGGGAACAUGGCUGGGAGAAUUGAAUUCAAUCCCAUCCGGGUGAGGACUCACUACCUGCACACCAUUAUGAAACUAGAGCUAGAGAAUAAGCGGCAGGUGAGCCGGGCCCAGGUUCUGGAUGAAGAGACCCCUCAUAGCUCCGGCAGUGACUGGCUGGGAAGCCAGUCCCCAGAGACCCAGGAUUUCCAGGAGUUCAUGGCGGAGAAUGAAACGGCAGUCAUGCAUCUUCAGACAGCUGAGGAGCUGGAGCGGCUGAAGGCGGAGGAAGACUCUAGCAGCGGCUCCAGCAUGGAAAGCUUGGGGGUGUGCAUUUUGGAGGAGCCGCUUUCUGUCUCCGAAGGGAUGUGCCCAAGUCUCGCCACCCCAAUCCUCAUUCAAGCUCAGCUGCCACCAGGUUCCUCUGUUCUGUGUUUCACGGACAGUUCUGAGCAAGCCAGCUCAGCUGAGGGCAGCCAACCCUACUUGAACAAUGGGCCUGUUGUGUACUAUCAGGUUGACCAAAGGUCAGUGCUGGGGGUGAAGGGGGAAAAUAGAGCAGAGGAGCCUGAGGGGCCCCCUCGUUUCACAGAGGAGAAGGAGCUAAGCAUCUACUCUGUCCCUGUGACUUCGCUGGUGUCUUGUGGCAGAGCCACAGCCACCAGCAGUGUAGAAACAGAGAAGGCUGCUGUAUCUUUUGAGCCCCUGUCUUCUGAGAGCUGUCAGCCUGAAGUUCCUCUGCCAAGCCUACCACUCCACACAGACGUGCCACAAGACAGUUUGCGGCCCCAGAACGUGGUGCCUCGAUCGCCAGAGAGGGCCUGCGAGCUCCCUUCCUCUGAGGAAUGCUCCUUGGGCCCUUCUCUGACCGUGUGACAGUUCCCAGCCCAUCGUCUUGAUGUUUUAUUUAUUGACAAAAAGGUUUUUAUCAAAUGGCCGCAGCCAUUUGGAAUUAAUAUUGGGGUGGGGGAGGGGAAGGAGAAGGGGUUGCUUUAUGUGGGCUCCACCAUAUAAGGACCUAACAACAAGCACUUAUCAUAGCUGCCUCAGAGUAGGAGGACCUGUCUACUAGUUGGGCGGCCUCCUGUUCCUGAAGAGGUUGGACCCAUAGGCAAUGGAACUUUGUAGGGGAGGCCUUGACUUCAUCCUGCAAGGACCAAAUGUGAAUGUGUCUCUUGGAAGCAAUAGAGCUAAAGCUGCCUUUACUAAAGCGCUGGAUGGGUUGGAGGGCAAGCAGAACACUUGUUGCUACUUCAUGACGUCAGUCGGUCUCAAUGCGUGGUGGAAUCUCUCCCUCCAGUUGCUGAUCCCAAGCGAAGCUGCCGCCGCUGCCGCCAGCCAUCCCUUUCUGUCACUUUCAGUGCUGUGUCUUGGUAACGGUGACCUUACUUGCUUGAACUGCUCUAACCAGUUACACAGCUUAAGCUCUGCAACCUCUUAUUUAUGUGACAUUUACUGCCCUUCGUUCCCUGGAAGAAUCCCAUAUAUUUUUUAAAUUCACUAUGAAUUAACUUUGAUCAUGACUAGCUUACACCUACAGUUUGGCAUGCAACUGUCGUAAAAAAAUAAUUUUCAUCCUGGAGCCUCUGCCCUGCCCUGCCCCUGCCAAUAGCUUCACCCAAACAUGUUCACGGCCUGUUUUGCUGGCUGGCCUUUGCUGGACUGGGACUGAUUAAGUUUAAAUUAACUUAAAAAAAAAAAAGCUGAAUGUUUACGGACAUGACGUGACUCAAGACUUGUCACUGACUCUGAUCCUGAGCUGUCACCUCUGACUAGAUCCCCUUCAGGGAACUGAUUCUGUAAACGCUGAACACUAGGAUCCCACCCUAGGAUCGGGUGGGAUCCAGCUUUUCUGAAAAGAACUGCCAGUUUGGGUGGGCAGAGAAUUUGACACUUAAGCCUUUCGCCUCAUACUUUUAUGAAUCAAUUUUCCCCUUUUACUGUCUGUCUUUUCCAUUCUAGUUGCACAAGAAUUUGGAGGCGAUAUUGAAAGCUUUCUGACCCCUUGUUCCUUGCUUUUAGCAACCUAGCAUUCUGGAUGACUUGAAAGGGCACGGAGCCUGUGUGCAGUAAAACUGCAACCUGCUGGGUCCCAAGCAUUUAGGGGUCAGUAAAUGUGCAAUAAGGUGGCACCUGCAAUUCCCCUCCCAGUGAAGUGUGUACAUUGUUCCAAUUGGUCUUGGAAUAAAGGGAGAAAGGACGCCCUUAUAAACUGCCACUCACCCCUAUGACCACUCUAGGAUAACAAAAGCACUUUUCUCUUCCAGCUUAUUAGGCAUCCUUUCCUUCUUCAUCUACCUUGUAGUAAGCAGCAGAUAAUCAUUGCCUUUCUGUUGUCACCUGUUCUGACCCAGCUCAUGUUAUAGCCCUGUGGUGUAUGGCCUGGGGCUUAGCAAGAACUGGUUUCCCCUUUAUUUAGGAAUCUCUUCUUUUUUCAGACUGCUCAAGAUUUACAACGAAAGCUAGUCUGGGUAAUUUGGUUGCCCUUAACUCCUUAUGCAUAAGAGAGGAUGGGAUUUAAGUAGCCUUUGCAGGGAUAUAUAUCUUCAUCAAAACCUGCCUCCCAGCUGAAAAAAUAAUACACGCACCAUCAGAACCUAAGUACAGGCAUAUCACUAGAUCUGUGUAAAUGCUAGGCCAUGUAAGUUUCUAGAUCUGGAAAGUUUCUGAAUCUGGAAAGAUUGAACAGUCCUGUCCCUUAAUUGCAAAGCUGCUUGGGAGUAGGCAGAGCAAGAAAACUCUGGCGGUAGCCAAGUCUUAACUUAAUUCUUGGCUGUUAAUGAUCAGUGAUGAGCAAUCUGUGCUGCCAGUGCAUCCAGAAAAGCCUAUUCUCCUGAAAGUGACUCUGUAAGAUAAAACGCAAGCAAAUGCUGCGUAGGCGGCAUUGACACGUAACAUCGUUCCAGCCCAUUCCAGGCUUCAGUAUAGAUGCAAAGACUCUCGUACCAAAUCCCUGUCUUGAUUUUUCACCUUAUUUCGCCCAAGCUCUCCUUGUGCUGAUUGGCAUAUAGUAUAUACAGCCAGGGCUCCAAAACUUUGCCAGACUACUUAAUUGCUUUCACAUCACUACCUCUUUCGGUGGAUUGUUUAGAAGCAAUGCUAUGUUUGGUGGGCAAAUGUCUCCUUUGUGGAUUUUAAAAUGUAAGAGGAUGCAUGUGCAGCCUUAAAAAUGUCCGCUGUCCUCCUUUUGUCUUUAAAAAGCCACACAAGUCAUUGCAUGAGACACACACAAACAUAAACACGCCUUCCUAUACACUGGUCUCCUUCCUGAGGGGUGGUUGAGGCUUUUAUUCCGUGCAGUUUCACCCCAGACUACCUUUAGGAGGAGUCUUUCCUAUUUCUCACAUUUGUAGUUUACAAAACAAGUGGUGCUAUAACAAGCUAAAUUUAUUUUCAAGGCAGCUGAUCUCUCACUUGUAGCAAAUGUAUUUAGUGCUCUUCACAUCUGAAUCAAACAGAAGAGAAAGAAUUUCCUCCUACAUAGAAUACUCAGCUUUGUAGGUAUCUGGGUCAAAGAGGAGACAUCUCAUAUAAAAUUCUCAACGUUUGAAAGCACCUUGGCUAUUUAUAAUAAUUGCUUUUUUUUACACAACUACAGUAGCAUUAUCAUGGGCAGCUGUAGGUUUGUUUCAGGACAAGGUGCACUUGUCUUUUUCCCAUAUUAUUCCUCCAUUGUUCCAGCUAUACUCUUUGUAGCCCUGAAUUAGGAAUCUUUGUACUGUAGAUCUGCUCUAAAGUAGUGGCUAAAACCAGAGGCUUUGCUCCUUUAACUGCAUGGUGUUUGUUCUGGGGAUUUGGCACAGUCGGGCCCUAGAAUCAAGUUUUUAAAUGGGGCUUACCUCAAUUCUUACAGAUCUGGCAGUAUAAUAAGAAUCUCCUCCUGUAGAGUGCUUAAGCUGUUGCACCCCUUGGCCACCUGCCAAUACUGACAGAUGGUUUGGUGGAAUACACUUUCUGAAAAUGGAAGCAGCUUCACACUUAAAAUACCAGGAUUCCAUUUUUAUAAUGCAGAAACAAUUCUCGUGACUGACAUUCCCGAAUGCAAUGAUUAAUGUAAUGGCUUGAUAGAAACCCAAGUACUAAAAUACAACAUUCUUACACAGAGGUGUAGAUAACAGGGAAGAAAACAGAAACUCAACAUAGCAUCUAUUACGCUGGCUUUUUCAUUUCCACCAGAUGCUUAGUUAUGACAGAAAAAGGCAUCCUUAAAUAGCUAUUUGUAGAAAAAUAGCCAGAAAAAUAAAACACUCCUUCCUGAGCAUUAUGAAAAAAGAAAGGGCGCUGAUCUCAAAUGACAGAAUUUUAUUUCUAAAUCCUGUAGUACAGGCUUCUUAGAAAGCUUUUGUUUUAAAGAAUGUUCUUUAAUGCAAAAAAAAAAAAAAAGGCCUACUAUCUUGCCUGUCUCCCUUUUGUUAUUAAUAACAAAACUAUCUUUCUUAUUCUGAUGUGGUGGUACAUUCACCUGUUCUCCCUUCCCCUUCCCUUCUUUUGGUGCUACUGAACUGUUUACAGGACAGUCCUUUUACUACUUGGAAGACACUUCUAUUGACAGAAGCCCUGGUCUGAUAUUGGUAUUAGCCCUGUCCUCUUGUCACUUGCAACCAAUAACUUCAUAACUCUGCUUUCCUGCAGGAAAUACACAGGUGGCAUUUUCAAUGUGAAUCCAAAGCUUGUCAGGUCCUUUACAUUUUUGUUUUGCCUUUUAUGUUCUUUUCAUUGUGAUAAUGCUGUAUUUAAAGAGGAUAUUUAAGUGUAAAAACAAAUAAAUGCGUAAACUUACACAAAGUGAAUUUUGUUCUCAAAAUGGAUGCUGCCUUCUAUUCAGAUCCAGUGUGCGUGCAUGUUUUUCUGUAUUUUUCACAGCUGCUUUUAACCAAAGUGCAACAUAUGAUUAAUACUUGCAGAGUCUGCAUUUGUGAAACAAUCCUUUCUGUCUAAAGGAACUAAACAGUAUCAAAGUAUAUACAAUGUUUCAUAACGGUGAGAUUCUGCAUUGGAUCAUGGGAACACCUUCCAAGUAGCAGCUUUUGCAGCUUGGCUUAAUUUUGAAUUGUGACAAGUCUAUAAAUUUAUCCCAUAGUGAAACCUAAUGGAAAAAUCUUUUCACGCUUCCAGGGUUUAUUCUCUUGCAUAGAUUUUAUUUCAAAAAGACUGAUCAUAUUACCUGGACUAAGGUGUACACAAGAAAGACUUGGGUCAUGAACUUAGUAGUCACUGGUUAUUUUACAGGGGGAAAACAACUAUUCAUAGCUUCAGUGUUUCCAGUAAUUUGUGAUUCAAGCUCAGACACUCGAGGGAAGUCACAAUAGUGAUAUGUUAACAGAAUGACUUCAACACUCCACAAUUAACAGGAUUGGUGCAUGUUUUUAAUGUUCGCCGUCUUGCCAUCUUUAAUGGUAAGCAUUUAUCUUUCAAGUAAAAUACAUGUAAUAUACACAUUUCUCACACAUUUUAUGAUUAGCUCAAAUACAGACUUCAUCUUACAAAUGCCACCCAGAAUUCCAGCUUCUGGUAUACUUCAUGCAGUCUAAUUUUUUUUUAACCCCCUUCCUCUUCCCCCCCCCCCCCAAAGGAUUUUUUCAAGUCUGCUAUACUUCAU